CUUGUUGGCGGGGAAAGUUGUCGUGCUACACAGUUAGCCUUUUCUCGUGGUUUGUUUACGUCUGUGUGAGUUCUAUUAAUUCAGACUGGUAGGUUGGCUUUCCUGUGGUAUUUCUAUAUUUCGGUAAUUGUUGUUCAAUGUUUUUUUUAUCGAGUACCGCAGUUACAGCGGACUGACAGCGGACUGACAGCUAGCAUAAUGGAGCUCAAUUGAGCAUACAGUACUCUCUGUACAUCGAUAUUAGUCUUUAUUACUGUCGGCUUCUAUCCCUGGAGUCAUGAGUGUGUUGGAGGUGAAGUUCGUCGGGGAUGGAGAUGUUGUCGAGCACAUCGUUGACAAGCAGGAGGAGGUGCGGAGCGAUUCUGGGGCUGUCCAGAAGAUGGUCACAUUUAAGAGCACAGGAAGGAGAACUAGAGAAGACCCAGACGAGAAGGACGGGGAUGAAAACGGCGUCCUUAAUGAGAAGAACUAUGUUCAAGCACUUUGUGCAGACAGGCAAGAAGAUGAAGAAGAUAUAUCCAGAGUUGCUGGGGCCUCCAUUUUCACUUUUCAGAAAAACAAACGAGGCCACAGUAUGGCCCAGACUGCAAGUGAGCUGGCACGGACGCCAAGGAAAAGUGUGAGCUUCAGCACAUCUCCGUCCACUCCCAUUCGGACAGGCCGCAACAACAAAACAGAAAACAGAACACCACAGAGGAGCAAAAAGGUGCAAUUUGUUUCCACGACUCCUCACAGGCUCCGCAAGAGAAUGACAACUCCGAGCCUCCGAUCCGACAGCGAUAGUGAAUUCUCACCCUCCGACUCUGCUGAAGAGGAAGAUGAAGUCAUGGAAGAGGACGAGCAGACGGUAAAAAAAGACGAGAAAGAAAACAAGACCCCAGGAACUCGGAGUAAAGGAUUAUCAGCGGCUCUCUACAAGACCCCCUCCAAAAAGAGCAAGAGCGCUUCUGAGUCUGUCGGCCAGCCUAGCUUGGUUGAAGAGUACUUUGAGGCCCACAGCACCUCAAAGGUUCUAACGUCAGAUCGCACCCUUGAGCGUCUACACACACCUAAAUUAGACAGGGAGACGCUUGUGCAGCUUUUAGAGGGAAAACCAUCCUGCUACCUAGCAGAGAUCCAGCAGCUCCACAACAAACACAAAACGCACUUUAGCAAAUGGAUGCUACAGUUACAGCUGGGGUUCAGCGUGCUGCUCUACGGUUUGGGCAGCAAGAAAGAUCUGCUGGAGGACUUUCGUUUGUCUCACUUGUCCCGAGAAAUUCACCUUGUUGUCAAUGGAUUCUUCCCGUCCAUCACUCUGAAAUCUAUCUUGAACGCUUUGACAUGUGACAUUCUUGAGCACCAGGGGACUUUCCGAACACCAUCUGACCAGAUUCAGUACAUCUCCCAAACCCUUAAAGAGGGCCCAGAUCUUCAUAUUUACCUGUUGAUUAAUAACAUUGAUGGACCUAUGCUGCGUGGUGAAAAGAUCCAGAGUGCACUGGGGCAGCUGGCAUCCCUCCCCAAUCUCCACAUGGUGGCUACUAUCGAUCACAUCAAUGCUCCUCUGGUGUGGGACCAGUUUAAGCAGAGCCAGUUUAACUGGCUGUGGUGGGAGUGUGUGACGUUUAAACACUACGCAGAGGAGACGUCUUAUGAAAACUCUCUUCUGGUGCAGCAAACGGGCGCCCUGGCUCUGUCAUCGCUUACACAUGUGCUCCGCAGCUUGACGCCAAACGCGAGGGGAAUUUUCAAACUGCUGGUUAAGUUUCAGCUGGAAAACAAAGACAACCCUUCAUACACAGGGUUGUCGUUCCAAGAUUUUUACCAGCGUUGUCGUGAGUCAUUCCUGGUGAACUCUGAUCUCACUCUGAGGACGCAGCUGACCGAGUUCAGGGACCACAAACUGAUUCGGACACGCAAGGGUGCAGAUGGCGUGGAGUACCUGAUGGUAGCCGUGACCGCAAGCACACUGAUGGACUACUUGGAGAACGAGGAAGGUGACUGAGAAGACAGCCCUUUUUUUGUAUUUUGAUCACAUUGGUUGUCUGAAUGUCUAUUUCCAUGAUACACCACCAUUAAACUUGUCAUUGCCACAGUGCACAGUUCACACACGUGCAUGCUGUGUGCUAAAAGCUGCAUUAUCAAAAAAUCAACACUCAAAAAUUGAUUGUGUACUUUAAUUAGAGAAAUAGAUACACCUAUAGUAAAACGUACAUUAUUUUCUUCGUGCAAGGCAGGCAUUCAACAAUGAAAGCCAUAAUUUGGUUAGUCGGGUUUUUGAAUGUGUGAACGGUGUGCAAAGAGGACCAAAAGGUGUGUGUUGUGACCCUGUUUCAAGUCAGGAAUGACUGAGUGAGGUUUUCAUUGCGCAAUGUCAACAGUUUUCUGCGUUUGCGAGUCUCGCAAUGUCUCCAUAGAGUCCAUCGUGUAAGUCCUGAGUCGGUUCUGCGUUUCCGUGUCGACGACGCGCAGCUCGUCUGGAUCCAGAUCCCUCAGCAGAAGCAGCACGGCUUCCAGAGUGUGUGU